AUGUCUGAAUCAGAGAAUAAAAACAAUAUUAAACAAUCUACUCGUCCACAAGCAGGGUCAUCUUUAUUUCAUCGGAAAGCAAAAUUGAUUUUAAUUAUUAUUAUUGCUCUCAGCUUAAUAAUUAUCAUUAGUAUUGCAAUAUGGGCUAUUUUCAUUAAAAAGCCCGGAACAACAAUUAAUACAACUACAACUACAAGUGAUGCAUCGACAACAGCAAUGAAUGGUAAAGUUUUGUUACAAAAGAAAAAAGAAAACUUGACAUAUUUCUUGGGUUAA